AUGAGGGAGAUGGGGGGCGCUCUCCAUCCUGCCUCUCGGGAUGCCCCAUCACCAGGGGCGGUUGGGCUGUAACCAGCCCUCGCAGACACCGUGGGGCACGGGACGCGUGCUGAUGGAUCGGCCUCGUGCUAGCAGGUCCCCCCAAAACUGCCCCUCGCCUCUCCUGCUCAUCCUUCCUCCAGAUCUCUUCAAUAUAUCGCAAGAGCUCCAGGACUUUCUUCCUCCUUUCUCAGUAACUUUAAAUAUUUUCAGAGAAUUUAGGAGCACUUACAGAAAGACAGCCAGGUUGUCUUUCCUCUCUUUACAAAUUAGCUGGUGUUUGAUUUCGGCACUCAGGAGGCAAAAGCAGGCAGUCUUUACGAGUUCCAGGCCAGCCAGAGAGCGGACGACGAAUUUUCUGGAUAAUCAACUAAUUAACUGCAGAAACCACGUUUUGGAGUUUAAAGAAAUUAUGCUCCGUUUAAAAAACAAAAGUGAAAAUCAUCACCAAGACCUAAUGCAAGUCUUGUAUCAAAUGAAGCGUAAAGCUGCCCACACAACAAGAUCAUCAGGGAACUUCCUUGAGAAGAAGGGGAGCAUAUUGAGUCAGCAUGAAACACUUCCUAACCAAUUUGAAGUCUUAAAGUACUUCCUUCCUCAUCUAAGGACAGCAGGGAAACUUUACCCAGCUAUAGCCACUAGCAAAGGGAGAGCAGGCGUUUCCUUUGCACUGGGAAUCUCCACCAUUAACAGAGGGAACCACACCUACCUGAAGCAAACGCUGACCUCUGUUCUCUCCAGAAUGACUCCCGAAGAAGAGGAGGACUCUGUGGUGAUCGUCUCUGUCGCUGAUACUGAUGAAAGUUAUUUAAAAUCUGUUGUUCGCAUGGUUAAAACCAAAUUCAGAAAGCAAGUGCAGUCCGGCGUCUUGGAGGUCAUUUCAAUACCCACCCUUUUUUAUCCUCAAACAUUACUGGACAAGAAAACGAAGACGGACUCAGAAAGUUGGCAAAUAAAACAAGUAUUGGACUUCUGUAUUCUGAUGCUGUAUGCCCAGCCCAAGGCCACGUAUUAUUUACAGCUAGAAGAUGAUAUCGUAGCAAAAAAGAUGUAUUUUACAAAAAUGAAAGAUUUUGUAAAUAGUCUCACUUCAAAAAAUUGGUUUUUUAUUGAGUUUUCAGUCCUUGGAUUUAUAGGGAAACUCUUUCGAUCGAAGGACCUCACUGACUUUGUGCAUUUUUUCCUGAUGUUCUAUGAGACAAAGCCCAUAGAUAUACUUUUAGAUGACAUUUUCCUGAUCCGGGUGUGCAUCUCAGGGGAGCCUGUUAGGAGCUGUUUGCAGCGAAAGAAGGGAUUUCGAAUUCAGUACAGACCAUCUCUGUUCCAGCAUGUGGGCACUCAGUCAUCAUUUCCAGGACGAGAACAGCACCUCAAGGAUAAUUAUUACUAGGAUUUCUUAAAUUUUACAACUUCUUUAAAAAUUACCAGACUCAUUUUUGGAAAAAAGGCACAGCAAAUAUCAAAUUUUCUCAACUAAUACUAAAGAAGAGACUACAUUAUUUAUUUUUUAAAUUAAGCCUUCAAUAAUAAA